CUCCACAUUGGUCUUGUUGCUAGGAAACAGGAAAUGUGCAGCAGAGAAAAACGUCCCUCUCCCGGACAGUUUGAGCUUUCGUCAUCAUGGUCCUAGAGCCGUCCCCCACCCUGCAGCCAGUCAACAGCUAUCAUCGUCUCACAGUAACUGCAGUCGUGUACACAGACGUUUUUCCAGGUGUUAUCGACCAGCUAUUAAUGCCCUAAUCCAGAUGAAAGAUGGCCUCUCCUCAGCCUGGCAGCCCACCUCUUGCAGAGCAAUAUACCCCUCCUGUGCAAGAUGAAGGGAGCCGACAAGAGAAAGAGGUGGUGAGGAAACAGCCUGCAAAAAAACGUGGUAGAGGCAGGCCUCCAAAAGCCAAGCCCUCCUUCAAAUGCUGUAUAUGCACAGAGGCUUUCAGGAGUCUGUCAGCUCUGCGGAGUCACAAGCUUUCAGCACAUGCAAAGGAUCGUCAACAGCAGCACUCAUGCACUCAGUGUACUAAAACGUUCUCAAACAAGGCUCAGCUCUCAAAGCAUGAGCGCACUCACUCAGCCCAGCGCCCCUUUCAGUGUCCUGACUGUCACAAGGCUUACAAGACACCUACGGAGCUACGCAACCAUAGCCGCUCUCAUACUGGGGAGAAACCGUUUGUAUGCACAGAAUGUGGUAAGGCCUUCAUGCAGGCUAUAUGCCUGAGGAUCCAUAUGUCACAGCACAGUGGAGAGCGUCCUUACUCUUGCCGUCAGUGCUCUAAGAGCUACCCCACCCUGUCUAAACUGAAGGUGCACAUGCGCUCUCACACAGGAGAGAAGCCAUACUUCUGUGGUGAGUGUGGUAAGAGUUUUGCUGACCCCUCUGUGUUCCGAAAACACAGAAGGAACCACCAGGGUCAUCGGCCAUAUGCUUGUGAUGAGUGUGGGAAAACGUACACAGAGCUAAAGGACCUGAAAAACCAUGAGCGCUCCCACACGGGAGAGAAGCCGUACCUGUGCUCAGAUUGUGGCAAAGCCUUCUCACGCUCCUCCUCUCUGGCCUGCCAUCAGCGCAUUCACUCCCAGAAUAAACCUUAUCAGUGUGAGCAGUGUGGCAAAGGCUUCACUCAGUUGUCCUCCUACCAGUCUCAUCUCCGCACUCACUCUGGUGAGAAGCCGUUCCUCUGCCCACAGUGUGGCAAGAUGUUUUCUGACCCAUCCAGUUUUCGUCGCCACCAGCGAGCCCACUUGGGUUUCAAGCCGUACCCCUGCGAUAAGUGCUCCAAGAGGUUCAGGCAGCCAGCAGAUCUGGCCGUACAUGAACGUGUUCACUCUGGAGAGCGGCCUUACAAAUGCCAGAGCUGUGACAAGGCCUUUGUUGCAUCCUGGGAUCUGCGGCGUCACAUGCUUGUCCACACAGGUCUCAGGCCAUUUUCAUGCACUGAGUGUGACAAGUCAUUCGCUGAGCGCUCCAGCCUCAACAAGCACCGACGCGUGCACUCUGGCGAGAGGCCCUUCAAAUGUGAGGAGUGUUUGAAGUCAUUUGUUGUAUCCUCAAGUCUGCGCAAGCAUGAGAGAACUCACCUAACUGAGCAGUCUGAGCAGCAGCAGCAGCAGCAACAGCAACAACUACAACAACAGGAGACGGAAGCCGGGUCAGCCUCAGGCUUUACUGCCCACACAACUCUCCCUCAGUUCUCCUGUACGCACUGUGAAGCAACAUUUGGAAGCUGGGAUGAAGUUCAGGUACAUGAAAAUCUUCACUCCAUGGACUCCGCUCCUGUAGCUGUCACCAAAAUUGUGUCACUGGGCUCGCAUGUCUGCAAAACCUGCCAGGCAGAGUUUUCACAGCUGGCGGACUUACAAGAGCAUGAAAAGCAGCAUCCCAAGCUGAGGCCUCACGUCUGCAACAGCUGCGGGAAAGGCUUCCUCAAUAAAUGUGGACUACGUAAACACCAGAAGAUCCACUCUGCCAGCAAACCUCACAGCUGCCCGCACUGUGGAAAAGCCUUUUUAUUUGCAGCCUACCUUCGCAAACACUUACGGACACAUGCAGACCCUGCCCCGACUGCCCAACAACUCGGUGACAUGAAUAUCAUUCACACAGACCCACUCCCCUCUCCCCCAGCCCCCAGUGAGGUUUCCCCCUCCACCAUUGAACCCAGUGCUAUAUCACUGGCAGUUCCCGUGACUGUACCUGUCACUGCUUUUCGGACUCUGCCAGAGUACUUAGUCAAAGAAGAGGGACUUUAAGGUUGUUGUUGUUUUUUAAAGCUGUUUUGGAA